CUAACAAAAGGUAUACUCACAUCUACUCACAUCGUGAGUGUGAACAAAAUAUUUUACCCGCACACUGUGAUUAACUCAACCACCUGCAGAGCCGCAGAGAAACAUCUGAAGCUGCAGUCUGCUUUUAUUUUGAAAACAGUAAUGAGAGCACCUCACACUUCAGUGUGAGCAGCUUGACGUUGGUGUUUCCCUCUGAGGUUUGAAGCCUGACCUGGUCCCAGUCUCUUUCCUCUGCACUCAGCCGAGCAUCCUGAGCUCUCUGCUGCUGCUGCUGCUGCUGCUCACUGGGACUUUUAAACUCACAACCUGGAGCUGAGCUGACCCAGAAAUACACCACUGAAGAAGAGUUUGACUGCAGGAGUGCAGUUUUUUCUACAACAGGUAAAAUAUGAUACGGUGGAUUGUGUUGCUGUCUGUGUGUCUACAUGACGUCUCAGCGUUGUUUGAUUACAUUUAUGAAGAACACUCCUUUAUGGACCCGGAGGAUGUGCUGAGUGUGAGCGUUCCUCUAGAGGAGCCACAGCGCCCUCUACUGGGAGGAACGUUGCUUAUACCGUGUUACUUUAAGGACCACACAGUCCCAGACCCAGGAGCUCCCACCGUCGCUCCCCUUUCUCAUCGUAUAAAAUGGAGCCUCGUCACCAAAGAAAAGGUCACCACUAUCCUGGUGGCCUUGGAGGGCCAGGUGCGUAUCAGCGAGAGCUACCUGGACAGAGUUCACUUAGUGGGCUACCCCAGGACUCCUACAGAUGCCAGCAUCAAGAUAUCUGAGCUGCGGUCCAGUGACUCAGGGGUCUACCGCUGUGAGGUUCAGCACGGCAUCGAGGACAACCACGACAUCGUCCAUGUGCAGGUUCAAGGUCUGGUGUUCCACUACCGGGCCAUCAUGGGCCGCUACACUCUGACUUUUGAAAAGGCAAAGGCAGUAUGCACCCAGAACAGCGCUGUCAUAGCCUCAUCCGAACAGCUUCAAGCAGCCUUCGAUGAUGGAUUCCACCAGUGUGACGCUGGCUGGCUCUCUGACCAGACUGUCAGGUACCCAAUCCAUGAUCCUCGUGUGAACUGCUAUGGUGACAAAGAGGAACUGCCUGGGGUCAGGACAUACGGAGUGAGAGACCUCAAUGAGACUUACGAUGUCUACUGCUUCACUGAGAAGAUGACAGGCAGAGUUUUCUACACCGCUUCUGCAGAAAAGUUCACCUUCUCUGAAGCAGCAGCUGCUUGCUCUAAUCGGGGAGCUCAGUUGGCCACUACAGGUCAACUCUACCUGGCCUGGAAGGGUGGUAUGGAUGUCUGUAACGCAGGCUGGCUGGGAGACAGGAGCGUCCGCUACCCCAUCAACAUUCGUCGGCCACAGUGUGGAGGGGGUCUGCUGGGGGUGCGAACUGUUUACCUGCACACGAACCAGACGGGAUACCCACUUCCUGAGACCCGCUAUGACGCCUUUUGCUACACAGAGUCCCCUGAUGAGGAAGGCUCCGGCUUUACAGAAGAGGGAAGUGGUGUGCUGAGUGUUACCACAGUGACACAGAGCCCAGAGGUGUUCUUCAGGAGGACGACCACAGAGAGCGAGGCGGUUGGAGAGGUGGAGACUCAGCAGCCUACCGUUGUGGACUUCACAGAGAGCCCUACUGAGCUGCCUCUGCCUCAGCCGCCAAACAUCACUGAGAUCAUCACUGACCUGAUAGAGGCAGUUACCGCCCGUCCCGACACAGCCAGGGAGCCCGGCAAAGACUUUGUGAUGCCCCCAACUGGUGUGGUCUUCCAUUAUCGCUCAGGCUCCGGUCGCUAUGCCUUCACGUUUGUUGAGGCCCAGCUAGCCUGCCAGAAUGUCGGGGCCUCCAUCGCCACGCCACAGCAGUUGCAGGCAGCAUUUGAGGCUGGAUAUCACCAGUGUGAUGCAGGAUGGUUACUGGAUCAGACUGUAAGGUAUCCCAUCGUUUUCCCUCGAGAUAAAUGUGCUGGAGAUCUGGAGGACCAACCUGGAGUUCGGUCCUAUGGUUUGAUGCCAGCAGAGGAGAAAUAUGAUGUGUACUGCUACAUUGAUGGGCUCAAAGGUGAGGUUUUCCAUGUGGGCUCCGCUGAGGGUUUCACCUAUGAUGAGGCUGCGUCUAGCUGUCAAGAGCAGAGCGCUGUACUGGCCUCGACCGGAGAGCUCUACGCAGCCUGGAAAAUGGGCUUUGACAAGUGCCGUGCUGGCUGGCUAGUGGAUCGUAGCGUCCGCUAUCCCAUCAACAACCCCCGCACUGAGUGUGGAGCUGGGAAAGCAGGAGUACACACUCUGUACGCUCACCCCAACCAGACAAGCUUCCCUGAAGUUGACGCCAGAUUCGAUGCAUACUGUUUCAGAGCGGACCUUCUACUUAUUGCAAAUGAAACUGGACUGAACAUCACAGAUAUCCAGGAGGCCCUCCUUAACCUAACAUCAAUUACUGACUUGUUGAGGCCUGUUGUUCCUUCCAUCGUCCCUCCCAUCGCUGUGGAGAUUUCAGGCUCGGGCUCAGGCUCAGCAGACUUCAGUUCAGGCUCUGCCUCUGGGGGUCACUCUGGAGACUUGUCUGGCUCUGGAUAUCUGUCUGGUUCUGGAGACCUGUCUGGUUCUGGAGACCUGUCUGGUUCUGGAGAUCAGGUAAUCUCUGGAGAUCUGUCUGGCUCUGGAGAUCUGUCUGGCUCUGGAGAUCAGAUCACCUCUGGAAAUAAAUCUGGCUCUGGAGACCUGUCUGGUUCUGGAGACCUGUCUGGUUCUGGAGAUCUGUCUGGUUCUGGAGAUCGGGUAAUCUCUGGAGAUGUAUCUGGUUCUGGAGACCUGUCUGGUUCUGGAGAUCUGUCUGGUUCUGGAGAUCGGGUAAUCUCUGGAGAUUUAUCUGGUUCUGGAGAUCUGUCUGGUUCUGGAGAUCGGGUAAUCUCUGGAGACUUGUCUGGUUCUGGAGACCUGGCCGGCAGUGCGAGUGCUGAGCUGCCCAGUGGAGCUUCAGGUUUCAGCAGUACAGAUGCUUCUGGAUCAGCUCUCAGUGGAGAAGGAUCCGGCUUCACUGUUGUUUUUUCAGGCAUUGACAGCGUUGUCUCUGGAGAGGGAUCAGUUUCAGGGGAACUCCAAGAAGCCGGAGAGGGAAGCACAGGGAUUCUUAUCUUCCCUGAAGCAGGCUCUGGAGUACUCAGUGGUAGCGGGGACCUGUCUGGAUCUGGUUUCAGCUCUACGGAGAGUGGCUCUGGGGAAAGUGGACAGUUUUCUGGCAUCUCGUCCGGUUUCAUCACCAGCCAGGACUUUUCUGGGUUCAGUGGUUUUCCAUCAGGAUUCCCCUCUGGAAGCGCCAGUGGACAGUCAGGAAGUGGAGACGCUAAGAUCUUACUGAUAGAUGGUGAACUGAUUGAUGCGUCCACCCAUAUUACCCACAAGGAGUUUGAGCUUGGUGGAGGCCAAGUGGCGUUCAGUGGCUCUGGAGACAUUUCAGGAUCUGGGAUUCUCAGUGGUGAUCUCAGUGGCUCGGCGUCUGGAAGUGGCUCUGGGUUCUUCUCAGGCGUGACCUUUGUGGGGUCAGGGUUCACUGAACUUACUGUAUCAUCCUCUGGAGAGCAGGAGGCCUCAGGGUUUUUACUCUACAGCUCUGGACAGGGAAGUGGAGGACAUUUGUCUGGAUUUGGAAGCUCGAGUUUCAUCUCUGGGUCUGGUUCGGGAAUGUCUGGAUCAGGAAUCUCUGGUUUUGAGUCCUCAACGAGUGGAGAAGAAGGCAGUGUUACAUUCUUGACUGGGGAUUUUAUGACAGAGGUUUCCAGGGACUCUAAACUGUCUAUGGAGCUCGGACAGGGGUCAGUGGAGUACAGCGGAGAAGGAAGCAGUAGUGGUGGCUUCUACUCUGGCAGCGGAGACAACCGCUUGUUCACAGCCAGUGGCACUUCCUCAGGAGCUCCCUCUGGAGAUCUGCCACUCUCCAUGGUGGUGUUGCCCUCUCCACCCAGUGAAUGGGCACUGACAGAGAGCACCAAAGGACCAGUUGAGGCCCUUAGUGAGGCUGAACUGUCACAGACCCCUGGUAACAACCAUGGAACUCUUGGCCCUGUGCUUGCCCCCUCUGGACUGGCUGCUCCUCCCACUGCAGCUACAGCAGUCUCUGGGUGGGCACCAGGCAAUAUUGAAGAAAUUGAUUCAGUGGAGGGUGGUUUUAACCCAUGUGAACCCAACCCCUGUGGCACUGCUUCAUGCACAGCAGAGGAUGGGGUUGCUCUCUGCCACGAGGUAGAUGUGUGCCAUUCCAACCCUUGCGCCAAUGGAGCCACCUGUGUGGAGAGUGCAGACUCUUACAAAUGCUUAUGCCUGCCCAGCUACGGAGGGGAACGCUGUGAGAUCGAUGAGCAGCAGUGUGAAGACAGUUGGACUAAGUUUCAGGGGAACUGCUACCUGCACUUCUCUGACAGAGAGAUGUGGCUGGACGCAGAGCAGCGCUGCCGGGACCUGAACGCCCAUCUGGUCAGCAUCAUCACCCCAGAGGAGCAACACUUUGUCAACUCAAACGCACAGGACUACCAGUGGAUUGGGCUGAAUGACAAGACAGUAGAGAAUGACUUCCGCUGGACAGAUGGCACUCCACUGCAAUACGAGAACUGGAGGCCGAACCAGCCCGAUAAUUACUUAAACUCUGGAGAAGACUGCGUGGUGAUGAUCUGGCAUGAGAAUGGCCAGUGGAACGACGUGCCCUGCAACUACCACCUGCCGUUUACCUGCAAGAAAGGCCCAGUGUCCUGUGGUGCCCCGCCGGUGGUGGAGAAUACCCACAUGUUUGGGAACAGGAGGGAGGAAUACCCCGUCAACUCUAUCAUCAGGUAUCAGUGCAACCCAGGGUUUACACAGCGCCACCCUCCUGUGGUUCGCUGUAAAGCAGACGGACAGUGGGAGAAACCCCAGGUGGAGUGCACUGACGUGAAAGCCAGGAGGAGAAUACAGCGGAGGAGCAUCAGGAGUGCAGCAGCUAGCAGCAAGCUUCACUAAAAAGGAAAAAGAGGAAUUUAUUGUUUUAAAAGAACAUUUGUGGCACACGUAAAAAUCCAUUUUCCAUUUUAGUGAAGAUGAUUAGAAGGGUUACACAUGAGCGGUGCUACAACAUGGUAAUGUGAUUUCUGUCUGUUCCAUCCCCUGCCCCUCGUAAUAUAUUUUAAUUAUAUAUAAUAAUUGUAUUGCUCUGAGUUUAUUUUCGUGUGUAUUGUAAUAUAAUUUUGUUUGGUGAAAUCAUUGCUUGGAUAUUGUUUUACAUUUUUAGAAGCUAGCCUCUGUCGGGUUCACUGUAGUCUGCUGGAGAUCUGUUGGUAGAUGUUGUUGGUUUGUGGUAUAAGAUACCAAUAAGUCAUAUGUUUGUGUCACACAGCAGGGGAGAGAUGCUCCUUUGGCAAAGUUAAAGGGAUAUUCUAGUGUUUUUAAAGUUCACAUCAAUCACAUAAGUUCCCCUAUGGUUUCUGUCCUUCCUGCUGGUUUCUGCACUCAGUCAGACUAGUUGAAGGUUUCAAGAGCCCUUCAUGAAAAACAACUUCCCCAGAGACAAUCCAUUACAGGAAACCCGGUCAGAACUUUAAAUUUUAAAAUUGCUUGGAGGUAGAUGGUGUCAAGAAGUGUAAACACAUUAGAGAUAUGUUUAAUUUAAGAUACAAACACUCAAAGAUAAAUAUUCCAUUAUUAAUUAUUACGUUUAUCCAGAGAGAUCAGCACUCUAUUCGAAAAUACAUUUUGGCUGUCUGUGAAAGGCUGCAUUUAUUUUGAUAGAUAUCUGAUAGAAAUGAUCUUUGUGUUUCGAGGGCACCAAGCCUGACUGACCACGGUUGCCAAUACGACUGUACCGUAUGUGAAUGCCCAUGAAACACACUCUAACUUCUGCCUACAGGCCACAGAAGAUGGAAAACACAAAUCAAAAGAAAAGGAAAGUAUAUUUUAGUGAUAGAGAAACCUUACAGAGCUUUACGUAGAGGAUGUAAAUGUUCUCACAGCUAAACACCAACACAAACAAACAAAAACUAUCCACAUAGAAAUCGAUCAACGCAAUCAAUAUUAAAGGCGAGCUGUUGAAGAGGUCAGGAAGAAAGAGAAAUAAGAUUCAUUGGAUCUCAAAAGGAAUAGUUCAACAUUUUAAACAUUUUAGUAUAAAUGUAUACAUUUUAGGAUGUUAUUAGGAUUGUUGGAUUAUUUCACACCUCUAAAGUGGUUUUAUUGGACAUGAUCUCUCUAUGUCAGAAAGAUCUCCCUAUAUUGUAUUGUCAGAGUGGAAAGCAAACAAACCCAACAAACUGUAUAGUCUGCUAUAGUAUCUUGUAUUAUUUCUUGGUUUGAAGCAGAGACUUUAGGUCAAUGUGAAUACACAACCUUUUAUUUAUUGAUUUCACACAGUGACAGAGCCUCUGCUGGACUGAGCCAGAGAUUGUUAUGGAUUCAGUACUUUUAUGAGACUACAGCAGCAUCACCAACACGCAGCCAGGGUGAAUAAAGUUCUGCGAGCUCCAUUUGUCAUAUUUAAUCCGUAAAGGAUGAAGGGAAACUGCCUGUUACCCCGCAGUCUGUCAUGUUGGCUGGUUUGACUCUUUUGUUUUCUGUGUGUUUUAGUUGUCAUCAUCUUCCACGAGGCUGUGCAGUGCAUAGUGUUUCUGUGGAGCAAGUGUCAGUAUAAUGAACCUGUUAACUAGUUCAUGUUUAUAACCUCAGAGGAAAUAACGUCACUGUAAACACUACAGUGUGAAAUUACUGUUUUUAUCUUUGACUGCUUUCAUUUCAUGUGCACUUGUUUUGUGUCAUUGUUGCUGUAUUUGGAGGCUGUGCCUCCUCCAGACAUACUGUCACCUGCUGCAUGAUAAACCAAAGACUGAGAAUAGCCCCAUUUUAUUUACAAUAUGUCUGUUAACAUUCCCUCUGUUUCUUAUUGUCAACAAAUCACAUAUCAGACCAAAACCAACAGUGAAUCCAUCUUACUUAAAGUAUUGUGUGUGUAUCUUCUUCCUCUGUGCCAUAGAGCUCCAUUUUUGUCAAAAACAAAAGAAACACAUCAGUGAUCCACACUGUUGGACUGGGAGAGAUGUUUCUUCAUUACCAUGAACGCACCAUGGAUGUCCUAUAAAAGCUUUUUUCAUUGUGGUUCAUGUAGCACACACAUGUUCCACCGUCCUGCUGCCAUCACCAGAGCAGCAAAGCACAAAAUAGACCCCAACAAAUGUACUGUUUCCUUUUUAGUAAGGUUUGCUAAAAACUCCACUCACCAGCUGCUAAAAAUAAAAAUAUGUUCUUAUAGUUCAGAGCCACAGACAGUGUAAGGAAGUCAAAAACUAUAUGUAAACACUUUGUUGGUUUGGGUCUUUUCAGUGGAAUUUGUUGCUGACAAUAAGAAAUAAAUAUCAUGUACAUGUUGUCAGUUCAAAUUAAAACAUCACGUACAUUUGAGGACAAAGCACUGGUUCUUUGCAUGCGGCAGAUUAAUGUAAGGAACUGAUGUAAAACAGAUAAAUGAAACAUAAUUAAAGAUGUCGAACAAUGUCUUUUGAGUUUUAAAGUUUUUAUGAAACCAGAGUGUCCCAUGUCUGAAUAUCUGUACUCACAUCAAUCAAUGCCAAAUAAAAACACUUUGGUUGUUA